GCAGUCUCCGUGCAGUGAGCAUGUUCGUACGCCAGACAUCGUCGUUGGUCGGUUGUCGUCAUCGCUAUCGCUAUCGCUACUAUAUAGCCGUCGUUUCGCGAACAUCGAUCGUCUCGUUGCCGUUGCCGUCGCCUUUUCGGAUGCGAGACUCUUAAAUCCCUCGGAAUCCCUUGAAAACAAAACGCGUGUGCGCACACAGAUCCUAUAUCCUCCCAUACGCAAUAAUCCGUAAAUUCGUCGAAAAACCCAGUGUUCUGUGCGACGGCCAUAAUUGAGUAAUUCAAGCAAAACUUCAUGGAAUAAAUAACACCGUACAAGUGCCUUACAAAAAUAUAUCUCUGCUCAAUGCCGGAAACUUCUUGAGUCUGGCACCCAAAAGCGCUCGCUCUCAAGAUCCCUAACCCACAAAAAUCUCGAGUGUGCUUCGCCGAGUGUCCUGUCAGCCAAAUAUAUGGUAAUGGCAGAGAUUGGUGGCCAUUUGGCUCACCAGCUACCGUUGCACAAUCACAACCACAAUCAAACUGGAUUACAGCCAUCGCUGGUGAUGAACCAUCACCUAGAUUUGGAUUGUCAUGGACACGAUGUGAUAAAAAAACAACGGCUAUCUCACUGCGUUGGCUGUGGCGGCCAAAUCCACGAUCAGUAUAUCUUGCGGGUUGCCCCCGAUCUCGAGUGGCAUGCGGCGUGUCUGAAAUGCCAGGAGUGCAGGCAAUUCCUGGACGAAAGCUGUACGUGUUUUGUGCGCGAUGGCAAAACCUACUGCAAGCGUGAUUAUGUUAGGUUAUUUGGUACAAAAUGUGAUAAAUGCGGCAACUCCUUCAGCAAAAAUGAUUUUGUGAUGCGGGCCAAAACGAAAAUCUUUCACAUCGAGUGUUUUCGAUGCUCUGCGUGUGCGCGACAAUUGCUGCCAGGUGAUGAAUUCGCGUUACGCGAUGCCGGAGCUUUAUAUUGCAAGGAGGAUCACGAUGUGCUGGAGAAAUCGUCGCAGAGCAGCCUCACUUCUUCGUCGGUGGAGAGCAACAACAAUAUUAGCAGUAGUAACAACAACAACACCAACCUUAGCAAUAACAACCAUUCCAGCGAAUUGGGUUCAAUGUCAGAUUCUGGCAGCGAAUCGGGCUCACACAAAAGUAUUAGGGAAAAGCGACCCUCGGGGCCUUCGGAUGGCAAGCCAACGCGAGUUCGGACCGUGCUCAAUGAGAAACAGCUGCAUACGCUCAGAACCUGCUACAAUGCUAAUCCGCGACCUGAUGCGCUCAUGAAGGAGCAGCUGGUGGAGAUGACGAGCCUUUCGCCGCGAGUCAUCCGCGUGUGGUUCCAAAACAAGCGCUGCAAGGACAAGAAGAAGACCAUUCAGAUGAAGCUGCAAAUGCAGCAGGAGAAGGAGGGUCGCAAGUUGGGCUACGGCGCAAUGCAGGGCAUCCCCAUGAUCGCCAGCUCCCCGGUUCGACAUGACUCCCCUCUGAAUCUUCAGGGUCUGGAUGUGCAGACAUAUCAACCGCCUUGGAAAGCCUUAAGCGACUUCGCCCUUCACGCCGAUCUCGACAGCAAUGGAGCGAUCAAUACCCACACGCCCGCAUUUCAGCAACUGGUCAAUCAGAUGCACGGCUACGACCUAAACGGGAUGCCCAUCCUGCCGCAUCCGCACUCGCAUCCGGCUCAAGGACCUCCCCACCAGCACCCACCGCCCCCCGGCGGACCGCACAAUCACCAGAACCAGCAGCCGAACCAGCAGCCCGGAGGCAGCAGCCUGGACUCCGGGAUCACCUCGCACCACCAUCCGGACAGCACCGACUCCUACGUGACCUACCUGGAGAGCGAUGACAAAUCCAAACUGGCGCUGACCCCGUCGUCCUCUUCCUCGGCCUCGGCGGGCACAUCGAUCUCCUCGCCGCCAUCGGGUGUUGGAGCAGGGGGUGGUGGUGGUGGUGGUGCCGUGGGCGGUGGUGCUGGUGUCCUGGGGCUGGGCGUGGGCGUGGGCGUGGUGGCCAAUCAGUCGGCCACCGAGCAGCUCAUGCAGAUGCUCCAAAAGGUAACCGGCUCCGCUUCCCCCGCCUCGCAUGCGGUUCUCUAAAAAGCAAGAGGGGAGAAAGGGGCGUGGCAGGAAGCUGGAUCGAAAGGAGCUACAGUCGAACUUCACUAGCUCGAAAAG